GACCGACUUUUAUUAGUAUAGUGAGUAGUGAGUGGACUGAGACUGAGAGUGAAGUGAUUACACAUACAACUUCCGUCCCUGUCUCCUCAAUCUUGAAAAUCAAAUUGAAGAUGGCAAUGUCAAUGUCAAUGGCGUCUCUCUUCCCCUCAUCUCUCACGACUUCACUCCUCCCUACCAAAUUCAACCUCCUUUACUCUCCUUCACUUUCUCUCUCCUCCUCGUCCCAACCUCGUUCCACAGCCUUUUCCGUCGCCGCCAUCGCCGUCACCUCCACCGCCGUCGGUGAAGAUUUACCCGUGAAUUACGACGAGUAUUUGCCGGAAAAAUGUCCUUCAGAUCGCCGGAGAGCUGGAAUUUUACUGCAUCCGACGUCAUUGCCUGGACCUCACGGCAUUGGUGAUCUUGGCCCCCAAUCUUUUAGCUUUAUCGAUUGGCUUCAUUCUGCUGGCUGUUCUGUUUGGCAGGUUCUUCCUCUGGUUCCACCUGGCAGAAAGGCUAAUGAAGAAGGCUCGCCUUAUUCCGGCCAGGAUGCCAAUUGCGGAAACACACUUUUAAUUUCUCUUGAAGAACUGGUAAAGGAUGGCUUAUUGUACGACAAGGAACUCCCUCAACCUAUAGAUGCAGAGAGGGUGAAUUUUGAAACUGUCGCCCAGAUGAAGGAUCCUUUGGUGGCAAAGGCUGCAGAGCGCCUUAUUAUGAGUGAUGGGGAACUCAGAAGCCAGCUUCAAGAAUUCCAAAGGGAUCCUGAGAUAUCAAGCUGGCUUGAGGAUGCAGCAUAUUUUGCUGCAAUUGACAAUAUUUGUAAUACAUUCUCUUGGUAUGAUUGGCCUGAACCAUUAAAAAAUCGACAUCUUUCCGCACUGGUGAAAAUACAUCAGAGCGAAAAACACUUUAUUGACUUAUUCAUCGCCCAGCAGUUUCUAUUCCAAAGACAAUGGAAGAAAGUUCGUAAUUAUGCACAACUGAAGGGCAUCAAGAUCAUGGGGGAUAUGCCAAUUUAUGUAGGUUAUCACAGUGCUGAUGUUUGGGCUAACAAAAAACAUUUUUUGCUGCAGAACAGGAAGGGUUAUCCUCUGUUAGUCAGUGGUGUUCCGCCUGAUGCAUUCAGUGAAACUGGUCAAUUGUGGGACAGCCCUCUAUAUGAUUGGGAAGCAAUGGAGAGAGAUGGAUAUUCUUGGUGGAUACGUCGAAUUCGACGAGCAAUGGAUCUUUAUGAUGAGUUCAGAAUUGACCAUUUCCGAGGUUUUGCUGGAUUUUGGGCUGUUCCGUCAGAAGCAAAGAUUGCAACAGUUGGGCGAUGGAAGGCUGGGCCUGGGAAGUCCUUGUUUGAUGCAAUCUUUAAAGCUGUUGGGAAAAUUGACAUUAUUGCCGAAGACCUGGGUGUAAUCACAGAGGACGUAGUUCAGCUGAGGGAAUCCAUUGAAGCACCUGGGAUGGCCGUCCUGCAAUUUGGUUUUGGAAGUGAUGCAGAAAACCCCCAUCUUCCUCAUAACCAUGAAAGGAAUCAAGUGGUAUAUACUGGCACUCAUGAUAAUGACACGGUCGUAGGCUGGUGGGAGAACUUGAAGGAAGAAGAGAAACAUCAUGUGCUAAGAUACCUUUCCCUCGACAAAGGAAAUGAUAUCUCAUGGGGACUUAUCAAAGGGGCAUUGUCUUCAGUAGCUAAAACAGCAAUUGUACCUAUGCAAGAUGUUCUUCAACUUGGGAAUUCUGCGAGGAUGAAUAUUCCAGCUACUCAGUUUGGGAACUGGAGCUGGAGAAUACCCACUUCUCUGAAUUUUGAGAACUUAGACACCGAGGCAACAAAAUUGCGAGACUUGCUGUCAAUGUAUGGUCGGCUUUAGCCUGUGGAUGUUGAUGCGUGAGUCAGAUGAUGUUUUGUAAGCUCUUCUGCAGUUUUGCACCAAUUUCCGCAGACUAUUAUUCUGUACGCUGGGCCAGAAGGGAACUUGUAUCUCCUCUAGAGGAAAUAUAAAUAUAGUAAAUGCAAAAUAAAAAUUGGUCUUACUACUACUCCAGUUUAUAGCUUUUAGGGUUGGUUUGGUUGGAUACUAAACAUUUUCCAAGAAGAGGUACAAUUGUAACAUAGUUUUCCAUUUGGUUCCUGGUAAGAAAAAUGAAAUUGGAGAUGAGAGGAUAGAUGAGACAAAAGAAAGGCAAGCAAAUUGAGAAGAAUAUGUGGGCAUUCUUUCUUUUGGAUGAGAAAAAUGUUACUAACACU